AUGGCUACUCAAUCAGCUUCUCUCUCACCUCCAGUGUUCAAUGGAGACCAGUAUCACAUAUGGGCUGUUAGAAUGAAAGCCUACCUAAGAGGACAAGGGCUGUGGCAGUCUGUGGAAGAGGAGAAACAACCACCGCAACUUGGUCCAAACCCAACCUUGAAUCAAAUGAGGAUGUAUGAGGAGGAAAUGUCCAAAGCUCCAAGAGCUCUUUCUCACAUACAUUCUGCAGUAACAGACCUUGUAUUUACAAGGAUAAUGGCAUGUGAAACUACAAAGAAAGCUUGGGAUAGAUUGAGAGAGGAGUUCAUGGGAAGUGAUACAACCCGUAACAUGCAAGUCAUGAACCUGCGUAGGGAGUUUGAAAUGCUGAGAAUGCAGGAGGUAGAGAAGGUUAAAGAGUAUGGAGAUAGACUCAUGAGUGUGGUGAACAAAAUCAGAUUAUUGGGAGUUGAGAUGAGUGACAAGAUGAUAGUUGAGAAAGUGUUAGUCAGCCUUCCGGAAAGAUUUGAGUCCAAGAUAUCAUCCUUAGAAGAUUCAAAGUAUCUCUCCCAAAUCAGCCUCACUGAAUUGGUUCAUGCCCUGCAGGCCCAAGAACAAAGAAGGUUAAUGAGGCAAGAUGAUUCAAAUGAAGGUGCUAUGCUGGCUGCUCAAAAGGGAGUGAAUAUGCAGGGAAGUAAUAGAAAAUAUGCUGGAGAUAAGAGAGGAAAAGAGAAGGCUGGUGGUCAGUGGGGAAGGCAGAGUGGAGGAAGAAAUUAUCCACCAUGUUCCCACUGCAAAAAGAAGGGACAUUUUGACAUUAAGUGCUGGUUCAGGCCUGGGAUUCAAUGCAGGGGAUGCAAGCAGUUCGGCCACAUUGAAAAAGUGUGCAGGAACAAGGCUGCACAGCCAUCACAGCAAGCACAAAGUGCAGAUGACCAGCAGCAGACCAGUGAACCAUAA